GUGUCGGUGGUGGGAUAAGAGAAGGAUUUGGUUUUCUUUCUUUUCAGAAAAAAGAGUCCUUCUCAUUUACUCGGGUAAAGAGUCCUUCCGCCGGGGCUUUCGCCUCCGCCGGAGCUGCUGCUUAAGGUGCGCGCGUGGACAUCGCAAACCCGUCCGCCGAAACAUCACCGCAGUCUCGGCACGCGCGGCGAAUCGCUCCCUCCGUUGAGCCCCUGGCGAAGGACCCGUCGAUAUUUCACCUCGAUAGCUCCUUGCCGCAAUCGGAGCCAGAUCUGAGUACAGAGAUCUCAUGGCUUGGGAGUUUUUCCUAUCUCUGGCUGUCGCUGCUUUCGUUGCUAUCGUGUUUCGACUUUUUUUUCGAAGAGGAGAUCAAGCGAGAUCAACGGAGGAGAGUGCAAAGAGACGGCGCGCGUGUGAAAAUGAUGGAACAGCACGAGGCGCUUCUUCCACUUACGCUUCAACAGAAGGUCAAGAAGUGGCUACUUCAUCAGGACAUGACUAUGAAGUAUUCUUGAGCUUCAGAGGACCAGAUACUCGAGCAGGUUUUGCCGACUUCCUUUAGACUAGUAUGAUAGAUAUGGGAAUCCGUGCAUACAAGGAUGAUGAAGAUCUCCGAACGGGAGAAGAGUUUGGCCCAGCACUUCUCCAAGCAAUUGAGCAAUCGAGGAUCUCAAUACCUAUCUUUUCUAAAGGUUAUGCCUCUAGUGUAUGGUGUCUCAAGGAGCUAGUCAAGAUGGUCGAGUGCAGGAAAACAAAGGGACAAAAAAUUAUGCCCAUUUUCUAUGAUGUGGCACCUGCAGAGGUACGAUACCAAACCGGGGGUUAUAAAGAGGCCUUUGAUCUACAUAAAAACAAAAACCGACAUGAUGAAGGGACUAUGCAUGAGUGGAAGGCUGCUCUCGAAGAAGUAUCAUUUCUAAACGGAAGGGAUUUGUCCAACAUGCACAACAGGUGAAUGCUUUAGCAUUCCAUCUCAUCUACCUUGGAUUAUUAAAACUUGUUGCAAUUCAUAUGGUUUCUUUUUGGGAUUUGAGUUAGCCUUGUUGAAAUUGAAUUCCGUGUUAUUGAAGUUAUACUGUAGAAAUCAUGCUAAGUAAUGGCACAAGCCCAAGUUUUUUUCAUUUUAUUCAAAGCGACAUUUUUUCUGGUUCACUUCAUUUUUGUACCAACGCUAAUUCAUCUACAAUGGAAUAAAUCCUUGAAGUGACACAUUUCAAAUUUAAUUUGGUCUUGUCAGAACUUAGUUUAAUGUUUACGCAAUUUUCUAACUCAUUGCCUUUUGUGUCCAACAAACUCAAGGAAAGAAGGUGAGUUCGCAAGAAAAGUUUCCCAUGAGGUUUUGAGGGAGUUAAAAAAAGCGUUACUUGGCCAUAUCAAAGCACUUGGUCAGUGUUGACAACCACGUAGAUGCAAUCAUGGAAAUGAUAGGUGCUGGAACAAGUGAAACGCGGAUUAUAGGAAUCCACGGGAUGGGUGGCAUCGGAAAGACGACUAUUGCCAAACUUAUCUACAAUAAUCUUUCACACAACUUUGAGCAUUGUUGCUUUCUUCGUGAUGUUCGAGAAACAUCAAAAAAUAGAGGCAUUCAAUGCUUGCAGAAUCAGCUCGUCUCUGACAUUCUCAAAACAAAAUGCAUAGAUAUAGAAGACAUUGAUGAAGGAACUCAGACAAUUGAAGAGAGGUUGUCUAAUAAAAGAGUUCUACUUCUUCUUGAUGAUGCGGAAGAAGGGAAUCACAUUGAUGCACUUAUUGGUAGGCGUGAUUGGUUGGGCAGAGGGAGCAAAAUUAUUAUUACCACAAGAAACAAAUCUAUUCUUGAUGUUCCCGAAGUGGACUACAGUUAUGAGCUUAGCGAGAUGGAUGUUGAUCAAUCUCUUCAACUAUUUAGCAGACAUGCCUUCAGACAAGAUUAUCCUUUGGAUGAGUAUAUCGGCCAAUCCAUGAGGGCAAUAGGCAUUGCUAGAGGUCUUCCACUAGCUCUUGAGGUCAUAGGCUCACUUUUAUGUCGCACUAAAAAGGAAAAGUGGGAUCUCACGUUAAAGAAGUUGGAAAAUGUUCCUCAUGCAGCAGUUCGGAGUAAGUUGAAAAUAAGCUAUGAUGCAUUAGAUGUUCGACAACAAGAUAUAUUCCUCGAUAUAGCUUGUCUUUUCAUCGGAUAUAACGAAGACAUUGUCAUUUAUUUUUGGGAUGAAUCUAAAUUUCCGGAAGAAGCCAUGGAAGUUCUGCAGAACAUGUCCUUGAUAAAGAUUGAAGAGGAUAAUAUAGUAUGGAUGCACGACCAACUUAGAGACCUCGGAAGAGAAAUAGUUCGUGAAAAAAGUAAAAUGAAAAUAGAGAAUCAAAGUAGGGUGUGGGAUCCCAAAGAAGCAUUGGAUUUGCUAAGGAGACCUGAGGGAAAAAAAGAAGUUGAAGCUCUUCGUCUCAAGUUUGACCGCAAGGGGCAAUUCCGUUUUACCUAUGAGGGAUUUAAGAACCUUUCAGAUCUAAGGUUUCUUCAAGUUAGAAGUUGGGGGACUUAUUUAGAUGGUCCGGAUAAUUAUUUUGAUGUGGAAGAGAGGCUUCUUUGGCAUGAAUCGCCAUUAAAUGUUCUUCCAACUAAUGUUUUCUUGGAGAAUUCGGAUCUCCUUCCACAAUUACGAUGGCUUUCUUGGCGCAAUAUUCCCACAAAAUUAAAGAUUACAAAUUUCUAUAUGGAGAAUGUGGUUAUUCUCGAUCUGUUUAUGAGUGGCAUUACGCAUGAUUGGCAAGGAUGGAGCCACGUGAAGGUGAUGAAGAAUUUGAAAGUUCUGGAUUUGCACGAUUGUUAUAGCUUGGAGAGAACCCCCAACUUCUCUGCUCAUUCAAAUUUAGAACACUUGCUCCUAUCUGACUGUUAUAAUUUAGUCGAAAUUGACAACUCGAUUUGUCAAUUGACACGCUUAGUUUCCUUAAAAUUAGAUGGAUGCGCAAAACUUCAGAGGCUCCCAAAAGUGGUGGGUAGAGAUCCGGAUACAAUCGGAAAUUUGGAAUUGCUGAUUAAGUUGGAUAUAUCUUAUACAAAUAUCAAAGAACUACCCGAUUCUAUAGGAAAGUGGAAAAAUUUGAAAGUAUUGAAUAUGAUGGGUAGUGCCAUAAGCAAAAUACCCUAUGCCCUCUGGAUGAUUGUGACCCUUGAAAGAAUAGAAUUUGAAGCUAAGCAUGCUUUUGAUGUGGAAAUUGGCAAUUGCAUCUAUGAAAAUCGAUGCCUAAGGAUCUUGAGAUUGGUGAAGGUUAAAAUAGACAAAGUACCGAGGCUUCCCGAAAGUCUCAUCAAUCUAGAGUUGGAUGCAUUGUAUAUGGAUACUAUUCCAGAUCUCUCAAAUCUGGUUAAUUUAGAGAGAUUGAAGCUGGGGUUUCACCCACGUGAUGAUGGUGGGGCAUCUGGUGGACCCGUGGAAGAAUAUCCAAUGCCACAGUGGAUUGAGAAUUUAAGCAAACUGGAGUUUUUGGAACUGUGCUCUGAUUACGUGACCACCUUACCCAUAGAUCUUAUUAGUAUCCUUCGCCAACUCAAGUCACUUAAACUCAAGGGCGCUCAUGUACGUUGCCUCCCAAGCCUUCCCUCCACUUUAUCAACCUUGCUCUUUGACUCUGAAUACGUGACCACCCUACCAACAGAUGGUAUAAGUCUCCUUCCCCAACUGAAGUCACUUGAACUCCGGUGCUGUAAUUUGCGUUGCCUCCCGAGCCUUCCCUCCAGUUUAUCAAAAUUGGAGUUGUACUCCAAAUGCUUGACCACCUUACCCACAGAUAUGAGCAGUCUACUUCCUCGACUUGAGAAACUUGAGUUCGUUUGCCCUAAGCUGUGUUGCCUCCCGAGCCUUCCCUCCAGUUUAUCAGAAUUGCGGUUGAUCCGUUGCAAGUCAUUAUCUUCCCUGGGGGAUCUAUCAAAUUUGAAGGGACUUUCAUGGCUUUACAUCCAUGAUUGUGCAAUCUCAGAUAUUCGAUUCCGUGAUCCUUUGGAGAACCUACGAGAAUUGGAUCUUUGGUAUCUUCAACGGGUGAAGUCUUUACCUUCUCUAGGUAAUUUCAACAAACUAAGUUUUAUUCAUGUAUUAGAAUGUGGUAGUCUGGUUGAAAUUCAAGGCGAACUACCACAAUCUUUGGAAGAAUUGAAGAUUUUGGGAUGUGGAUCUUUAAAGGAGUUGCCUGAUCUGUCACGUUUGAAGAGACUUAAAAAGGUUAGAAUAAAGUGUUACGGGAAUUUAGACGUGGAGGCAAUUUCUUCGCUUUGCUUGGAGAAGUCAGUCGAAUUUGGGGAAGAAGACAGUGAUGACCAAUACGAACCUGAGCAAGAAGACAACGAAUCUGAAUCUGAAUCUGAGGGAGAAGGCGACUAGUGCGAGGCAGAAGACGACAAAUCUGAAUAUGAGGGAGAAGGCGACGAGUACAAGGAAGAAGACGACGAAUCUGAAUAUGAGGAAGAAGACGACAAAUGAGUGCACGAUCUUUUGAAAGCUUCUUGAUCCACGUCCACAAAUUGUUCCCUCGUGUUCAAGCUUUAAACGGAUUGAGGUAAGUUAAUUCAUCUGACAGCCAAUGUUUUCCCUUUUCAACAACGUAAUUCUUUCUCGGAUAUGAACAGUGAAGUUUCACAUGCACUUUUUAAUUACCUUUUCACGAGUUGAUGGCUUGCAAAUCUGAUAAAGGCAUUGAAGUUAUGAUGCCUCCGUACAACCAAACGGUUGUUUUUUUUUUUUUUUGGAGCAACCAAAGGGUUGUUAAUUAUGUACAAAUAUUCGGUUCUCUUUUCCUAGUUGGUUUCGCUUUUUAGCUAUAUUUUUUCUUGGAUGGUUUCUCCUUGCUUUUAUGUUUCCCAGCUGGAGGUAUGUAUGUUGAUUGCAUCGUUUUUAUUUGAUAUGUAACAAAUUAUUAGAGAUACUUGUCAAUUUGCUGCUUCACAUAUUUCAAAGUUGAUAA